AUGGACAAAGCCAUGAGAUUUGUUUCAGUUUUCAGAUUUCUAAGCAUUGCAACCAUUACUACCAUUAGCUUAUGCAAUGGAAAUUUGGGUGUGCCUCGUAAACAAAAUGAGAGACAAGCACUUCUAAUGUUCAAGCAAGAUCUCAAGGAUCCUUCAAAUAGGCUUUUAUCUUGGGUUGGUGAGGGAGAUUUUUGCAAUUGGACUGGAGUUGUUUGCGACAAUUUAACCGGUCAUGUCCGUGAGCUGCACCUUGGAAAUUAUUAUUCAGAUGAGUAUCUGAAUUACAGUUUGUAUCAAGAAAACUUUUUGGGUGGCAAGGUGACAAACACACUCCCCUCUAUGCUGGUAGAGUUGCAUAUGUCCGGUUGUGAACUCAAUCAAAUACCAGUUGGUGUUGCAAACAUGACAAGGCUUAAAGUUGUUAAUCUCAGGUGGAACAUCAUCUGGGCCAUUGUCAAUCUUGACUUGUCUGCUAAUCAAAUCGAAGGGAAAAUGCCAAACUCGUUGGGAAAUCUUUGUAAGUUGACGGUUCUUGAUCUGUCAAGGAACUAUUUCAAUGGAAGCGUAUCAGAAAUAUUGGGAAGCUUUGUUGAUGAUUGGCUCAAAAAUAGUCAAAAGCAAAACUGCUUUCGGCUAGCAGACAAAUUGGAGACAAAUUAA